AUUUAUCACCGGCCGCAUCGACCAUUCGGCUGUUCUCAAAUAUGAGGUUCCUCACCAGUAUAACUUUGGCAGCUCUGUCUGGGCUUGCUGCUGCUGCAUCACAGCAGAGUGCCGAUGUCUUCAUCCUUGAUUCCAAGCAACAACAAGAACAACCAUCCCGCGAAGUACCCCGGCUACCAAAAGAAGUCGUUCGCCAUAUCCUUCUCCAGAGGGCAUCCAGAGACAACUACGGCAGCGACCUUCGCGACAUCCCUAGCUCUAUCGAUACCGAGGCCGCGAUCAGCUUCAUUGCAAAGUUCGGCAAGAGUCCGGCACCUCUUUUCACCCAGACCGAGACGAAUGAUCCAUCACAACUAGUUGUCAUCCUCGAGGGCGUCACUGCCGAGAAUGCUGGGCCUUUGAGGGAUUCGCUCGCCAAGUCAAGCCAGCAUGCCACCUUCGCCAUUUCAGAUCCGCCAUCCAAGGUGGCCAAUGAUCGACUGAUGUCGCUUUUCCAAAACCUGGGUAUUGCUACGCCGGAGCAGUGCGACCUGGCCUCUGCCAUCAACCCUGUCAAUGGAGACUGCUGGACGGGCUCCUCGUCGGUGGUCAAGUAUGAUAUUCAGAAGUCGCCCGAGGCCCUCGAUACUCUCGUCGACAACCUGAACCGUCUCAACAAGUUCAUCUCCUCCGGCGACCUCGAGACCGUCCUCGUCCUAAUGCCCGAGUCGAGCCGUUCCUCCAAGCUCAACCAUUGGAGCGUCAAAGCCGCCACCGGCUCCUCCGAUCUCCGCCGUCGCUUCAACUCCGAGACCGUCAUCGUCGACGAUAGCGUCCGCGGCGCGAACGCUGCCGUUGCCCCGACCCAGCCUCCCCUCUCCCGCCCGACUAACAGUCACCUGCAGACCGCCGCUAAGAAGGCGAUUCCGCAGUGCUUUACCUCGGAGAAGAGCUGCGUUGACCAGACGGGCAACUGCUCGGGCCACGGCACGUGCGUGGACAAGUGGGGAGGCAAAAACGGUAGUACCGAGGCUGGCGGAGCUAGCUGCUUUGUCUGCAAGUGCCUGGCUACUAUGGACAGCCGCCCUGGGGCCCCGGGCAAGGCCUACAAGACUGUGCACUGGGGUGGUAACAUGUGCCAGAAGGAGGACGUCAGCAUGCAGUUCUGGCUUAUUGCCGGGUCUACCAUUGCCCUUGUCGGUGCCAUCGCCUUUGCCAUUGGACUGCUGUUCGAUGUGGGUCAAGAGAAGAUGCCCGGUGUUCUGGGCGCUGGUGUGGUUAGGGGGUCAUCGACUAAGUAAGAGGUGAAGUGAAUCGAGAAUGGAGGGGCUUCCUCGCCCCUCGAUAACGGAUACAAACGUCAAAAGAUAACAACACCAAGACAAGAUACAGAGAGCUAUCGUAUGCUUAUUGAUUAGAUGCGGCGGGUAUGGGGUGUAUAGGGUGUGUGCGUGUGGUACAAUCAGACAUCCUUAGACUGUUGGCUGGUUGCACCACUACUGAUUUUACAAUGUUUAAGGGCGUCAGCAUCAUUGGCAGGCAGGCAGGCAGGGAUGGAUUGAGACAUGGUUAACGCAAAGUACGAGCUAGGAGAUGGCGCGGUUUCCUUUCCGGGCGAUUUUCAUAAAGACUUAGUAUAAAACAGACAUUUACAAUGGAUGAAACUCGGGCUAAGUCUAU